AUUCAACAAAUAUGCGCGAUUGGCUUGUGAUGCCGGCUCCUAGCUCUUCCUUAACCUAUCCUGUAGGAAAGCCAAAGACAGAAAGGGACAUUCGACCACAUCAACACAAAAGACAACAGCCAGUUCGCCGAGUCACAUCCUCGUGGCGAACUGUGCUAUCUCUUUUUGGAGAUGCCGAGACAUUCAAGCAACAACAACGCUCACAGUCGACACCCACUCUCUUGAAGAAUGCAGAGAAUAUUGAACAGGUACAUCAUUUUGUGAUUGAAGAAGAGCCCGAGUCGGUCAUGGUGUCGCCUUCAUCCGCAAGUUCCUUUUCCGCUGCUGAGUCCGUUGUCUCUACCGCAGCCUGUUCAGAACAUAGUCCAUUGGGUACACCCGAAAUAAAACAAGUUACCGAGACAGAAGAUACAUUAGAGGUUAACACACCAGUGGAAUUGACAGAGUUCCGAUGGUCGUUUGCUGGUCAACAAGUCUAUGUCACUGGUACUUUUGACAAUUGGGGAGUAUCACUUCCAAUGACAAAGGCACCCGAAGCAUCAUACUUUGUAGCAUCCAUUCCAUUGGACCGGUCAGUGGAUAUUGAAUUCAAGUUUGUCGUAGAUGGCAUUUGGUCCUAUGCUGCAGAUUUGCCUCAUUGCACAGACAAUCAUGGAAACGUUAACAAUGUAUUUUAUGCCAAAGCUAAAUAGAAGGAUACUUUUGUUAUAUCCAAUACCAGCUACAUAUAUAAAUAUAUAUAUAUAUAUAUAUAUAUAUAUAAUAUGUAGCAUACAGACACCUACCCACCCACACCCAUACACCCACACACCCACACGCACAAAAGCCACAUUUAAACCGCCAACCCGUACAAACCUUCUUUUUUCUUCUUCUUUUUCAUGGCAAAAAAAUUCAAACAACAGCAGCAAUACUAACUUCGUAAAUAAAUUACUCUUCUUUUUCCUAUACCUUU